AUGGCCCCUCAAUUGUAUAAGAAAGAACAUUUUUCUUCUUACGCGACACUUUAUCUAAAACAUAUGAUUCUAGACCUUGGAAUUAUGUAUGAAGCAAGAAGACAUCUUCAAUGGCUUAGAAAGAAAAAGGUCAUAAAGCAAGUCAAGUUUUUUAACUGA